AUGCAGUUCACAACCACCCUCAUCGCGAUUUUCGCAACCGUCGCACUCGCUGCCCCAAGCGCCGAAGUCACCCACCAGAGCGCCCUCGACAUCGUCCAGACCAUCACACCAGACGCUCUCGCAAGAUACGAAGCUGGGAUUGUAUCUCCCAGCGUCGCUGCUCGUGGUGUUGAUACCACUCUUGACAAGCGCGAUAUCACUCACCUCUUCGUCUGCACUGAUGCCAACUUUUCUGGAAAGUGCCAGAAUUUGGCUACGGAUCGGGAAGUCUGCCACUUCCUCGGUAAUGGAUUCGAUAACUCCAUCUCUUCUCUCGGACCUGACAAUGAUGGAACUCAAUGCUGCAUCUUCGACAACUCUGACUGCACUGGCGCUUCCGUGUGCCAAAUCCACGCCCCUGGAAUUUUCAACUUGAACGACUUUGGCUUCAACGACCGUGCCAGCUCUUACAGAUGCUAG